AUGAACAAGCUCUCUCUUGCACUGGCUCUGGCUUCUACCGCCAACGCCGCUUGGAUUCCUAUUGGGCACGGCCCAUCCAGCGACGACAACACUGUUCCUACUAACACUGUUGCAAUCGCUAUUCCCACUAUUGCGGAUCCUGAUGCAAUCCUUUCUACUGGCACUGUUCCCAUCAUGAUUCCUACCUUUGUUAUCUCUGAGGGCCUCACCAGGACCUUGCAGAUUCCUGAUAAUUCUCUCAUUACUCCUACUGAGGAUGCCACCAUGACCUUGCAGAAGCCUGACAACUCCCUUGUAACUCCUACCGAGGACGCUACCCUGACCUACCAGAAGCCUGACAACUCUCUCAUUACGGUUACUGAGGGUGCCACCAGGACUUACCAAAAGCCUGACAACUCUCUUAUGACUGUUACUGAGGACGUCACCAGGACCUACCAGACGCCUGAUGCCUCUCUCAUUGUCAUCCCUGAGGAUCAUACUAAGACCUACGAGCGACCCGUUCCACCAAUUUAUACAGUCACUGAAGACCACACCAAGACCUACGAGGCACCUGUCAAGACUGUGACCACUGUCAUCUAUGUACCUGGACCUUGCAACACAGGCUCAUGUCACCCAAGCUACACCACGAAGACGGUCGUUGCUCCCCUUCCCACCAACACUAGCGGAUGCAGCCCUGUUCGCCCCAGUCUGUGCCCUCCAGUUAUUUUGCCUCAUCCCAUCCCCUCUCACCCUCAUCGUCCUCCCGUACCUGCUCCCACCGGUCAAGAUAAGCCUAUGUACCCCAACACCACUUAUCCCGAUCCUCGACCUAUCGCCGGCAAGUUCUGGACCAUCAAGAACAUGACCCGCUACUGUGGUGAAGACGAGAAGGGUUGCGACUACAACUUUGCCAUUGAGGCUGACGGCAAGACUGAGAACUGCACCAUUGUCCGCCAUCCCGGAUCUCAUGCUGCUACUGAGAGCUGGAGCAACGUACCUUGCAACGACAAGUCUGACUUUACUGUUUCUUGGGGUUAUGUCACUGAGCCAGCGCCCGCUUUUGCUGUUGUCACUGUUGUCAAGGGCAAGAUUCUUGCAUGGUUUGGUGUUGCAGAUAUCAAUGGCCAGAAGGUUACUGCGUCAAACCCCUUUGGCUCUGGACAUUAUGGUAAUCUUGGACCUGAUCAGGUCUACACUUACUAA